AUGUCCGUCAAAAACAGAGCCGCAGACCUCUUCAAUGUCAAUGGUAUGGUCGCCGUCAUCACCGGCGGCGGCUCCGGACUCGGCCUCUAUGCUGCUCGUGCACUCGAUGCCAAUGGUGCAAAAGCAGUCUACAUCAUUGGACGACGUGAGAAUACUCUUCAGGAAGCCGCAAAGACAGCUGUCAACGGCACAGUCAAGUACAUCGUUGGCGAUGUCUCAGACAAGGACUCUCUCGCUAAGGUUGCCGAGCAAAUCAGGCAGGAACAGGGAUAUGUAAAUCUACUAUUCAACAAUGCUGGCGUUGGCGGACCGAAGGAUCGCAGUACCUUGACAGAAACGAUGAGUGGCGAUAAGCCCAGCGUGCAGGAUUUCCAGAAAGCGAUGUGGCAGCCGGACAUGGAAGAUUACACAAAAGCACUGCAUACAAACUGCACAGGUGUAUAUUACACCACCAUCGCCUUCCUUGACCUCCUCGACGCAGGAAAUAAAAAGGGCAACCUCGCCCAGGACAGUCAAGUCAUCGUCACGUCUUCUGUAGCCGGCUUCUCGAGGUAUCUAGCAUCAAGUUUCGCGUACAGCACCUCAAAAGCAGCCGUCAACCAUCUAACGAAAAUGCUCGCGACAGUAUUUGCGCAGAAUGGGUUCCACAUUCGUGUUAAUUUGAUUGCGCCGGGUUUGUAUCCAAGUGAGAUGACCCAGGGACACAUAAAGAAUCUUAAUCCCAUGGAGCAAAAGGAUGAUGGUAAUGGAGCGUUUGAAGGUGCGCAUAGAAUGACGCCUGAUCAAUCUCCUGCGGAGAGGACGGGUAGUGAGCAGGAUCUUGCAGGAGUCAUAUUGUUUCUUGCCAGUCAAGCAGGUGCUUACUUAAAUGGGGAGACUAUGAUCACUGAUGGAGGACGACUAAGUGUGUUGCCGAGUGUGUAUUGA